GGGAGAGAAAGGGAGUUUUCAAUUUUCCUUUGGUUGAACGUUAGCUGUUUUGAAGACCCACCUAGUCUGCCUUUCGUGAACAGCGCCGCUUGUCUUUUUCAACAUCAGCGUCAGCCUUUCUAAGACUGUUGUAACAAAUAUUAUCUAUUCGAGUUUGGGGCGGAGUUGAAUCUUGGACGGCUAAAGAAAGGGGCAGCUGCAGACACCACGAGCGAGAUUCCCAUCUCUGUAGCACCAUGAAGCUCUACAGCCUGAGCGUUCUGUAUAAAGGCACCACCAAGUCCAACUUGCUCAAAGCCGCUUAUGACCUGUCCUCUUUCAGCUUUUUCCAGAGGUCCAGUGUGCAGGAGUUCAUGACGUUUACCAGUGCCUUGAUUGUGGAGCGCAGUUCACAUGGGAGCAGGGCUUCUGUCAAAGAGCAAGAGUACCUGUGUCACGUGUACGUGCGGAAUGACUCCCUUGGUGCGGUUGUGAUAGCGGACAGCGAAUACCCAUCCAGAGUGUGCUUCACGUUACUCGAUAAGGUGUUGGAGGAAUUCUCCAGGCAGGUGAGCAGCAUAGACUGGCCCUCUGGGUCCCCAGCCACCAUCCAGUACACUGCUUUGGACAGCUAUCUCGCCAAAUACCAGAAUCCUCGGGAGGCGGAUGCCAUGAGCAAAGUGCAGGCUGAGCUGGACGAAACCAAAAUCAUUCUGCACAACACAAUGGAGUCCCUAUUGGAGAGAGGAGAGAAGCUGGAUGAUUUGGUGCAGAAGUCAGAACACUUGGGAAAUCAGUCCAAAGCAUUCUACAAGACUGCCCGGAAGCAGAACUCUUGCUGUGAGGUGAUGUGACGUCACUGGACUCCAGUUGCUCCUGGGCUCUUCUCUCCCGGCUCUCCCCCCCUCACCGGCCUCCAGAAUAAAUUCUGGGGGGCAGCAGGGUUGGGGGGGUGCUCUCGGACCUGCCACUCUGCAGUCCUGGGGGUGAAGGGGAGGUUUAGGGAUUUGGGGGUCAUUUUGGGUUGUCAUUUACGGUUGUCGUGGAGUUUUAAAUCUCCAAACGUCUGAGGGGGUGGGAUUCCAACAAAUGCACAUUUGGUCAGUUGUAAAGUCACAGAAAUAGUUUUUUAAAGGUUUCGAUGAAGGGGGGGCUGAUUUCCUAGACUGCACCACACUCGAACUGUCACUGUUUGGAACAUUCGUUUAAUUCUUCUGAAGUCAGUUGCUGUCUGUGUACUCAGGGUUUCAGCUAAGCUGCUAGGAAAGUUUCAAACCUGGGCUGCAGUGAUCGGGGAAUACAGGCUAUUUUUGUGUGUGUGCAUGGGUUAUUCUGUAGCAGCUGUGUUGGUAACCACAGACCAUGAAAGAUAGUCUGCACAUAAUCUGUUUGAAACGAGCAUCAUCUUUAUGUGCGUAACUGACUGACGUAACUCAAGACAUAUUCAAGUGCGGUGCAACUCUAUGGUAUUUUUUCCCAGAUUUUCCCAGAUCUGAGAUUAAGUAAUCUGCCACAUUGUUUAAGUGACUGAUUAAUGGACAGGCAUUGAGUUGCUUGUCAUACUUGCUGUAAGUGGGGAGGUCACUUGUGUCUAAUGCCGCAGAGCAGGUGGUAUGUCAAAUUCAAUUGAGUCUUAUCAGUGAUGUGAUUAUAUUGUAAUUAAAAUCCAAUGGUUAUGCGUAUACUGUUUUGCAAAAUGAUACAUGAACAGACUAUUUCUGUCUAAAACACUGCAGUCAGCCCUGUCGUUUCAAGAAGAGCUGAAGACUGUAUGUAUGCAUUAAUCUAGUGUGUGCGCGUGCUUUAUUUAAAGUCACUGUAGAUAAUAUCUCAUUCAAUAUAAUAUCUUGCCAGCUUUUUGUAUUUGGUCUGGUGUGACUGCUAGAUGGUACUGUGUUAUCAGUCCUGCUUACGAUUUUUUUUUUUUUUUUAAGUGAACCUGGGUUUUCUAGUCGAAGGCUGAAAACCAGUCAGAUAACUGUUUAUUGUGAAAUGGAAAAUGAAGACAUCUCUGCUGUUUCACCCCUGUCUGCAUACACUAAACACAUUCUGAAGCUUUGCACAUGUUGUGAGAAAAUGCUACAGUUUUAGCUGUUUCUGCUCAGGCCAGCUCGAGGAAUGGUAGAAGCGUAGUUUGUUGAAUUGGGGAUUGGAGAGUGUGUGAGUGGCUGGUUAGUUAGUAAUUUAAAAAUGGAAGUAUUAACUUUGGAACACAACGGUCCCAUGUGAGUUCCUGAAGGUGUAAUUUGUGGAGGGUGUGCAGGGUUCAGAGGGGCUCAUUCUUUUUGUGUAUUUCACUAACGCGUAUGAAAAUGUAAACAUUCCUAAUUGUUCUGUACAAUUCAGUACAGAUUACAAUAUGUGAAGCCUUAUCGCAGAGUGUGUGUUCAUUCAUUGAAAUCAGCCUCUUCCUCUGUAGUGUUUGACAAGAGAUCUCACUGAAGUCCCCAUUUUUACCACCAAAAGCAUGUAGCCCUCCUCUCAGUCAUGUCAUUCAGUGACACUGAUGGACGUCAUCUUUACCUGCUUCAGACUGUGCAAGCUCUGUAUGGACUGUGUAAACUGUAUGAAAUAGUCUGUUUGUAGGGACAGUGGUAGAUUUUUGGUUAGUAUUCAUUGCUUGCAGCCAAAUUGUAACAUCUCUCUAGGGCCAAGCUGGUACCUAUCUAGGCUGCCUAAACACCAGACCACACCAAAGAGUGAAGGUUGUUGGGUUUCCAAAAAAAUGGUCUCAUUCUUUUAUGGUCAGUAGUGUUUCUGUGCCAUGCUCCCUGUCGCCAUGUGACAUUCUCCCUGUUGCUAGAACACCCAGCUCUUUUUUCUUUGUGUAAUGACUGGAUGAUUUCUACCCCACUAGAGCAGAAAUCUGUUAGCAGCCUCAGGGGUGAGCAAGUAGACCAGUCCCAAAAUCACAUGCGCUCCAUGGUGUGUAGAGAAUCGUGGCGAUCUAAUCCUCCUGCUCCUGUUUCCAUUGGCUUGACAGUACAUGUAGUACUUGUCAAUGACAAGGGCAGUCCACGGAAUACUUAUACUGUUUGUGAAACUGCACAUUUGAGUGAAUAGGUGCAGUGCUGAUUCUUAUCCCUGAAUUUGUUUCCUUUUUUUCCAUGAACUGUAGGUGGUACAAAUGGGGACUUCAGGUUGUGGCAAUGACUUUUUUUCAUAUGUGCAUUGCGAUUAGGAAUAUAUGCUUGCAGCUUUCACUACCUCUGAAGGAAGUGGGAUUCUCUGUAAGCAUUCUCUGAAGAUGGACGCAAUCUAAGUACGUGGGUAACUGUGUCUCUGUGUACUCUCAUUGAAUCACCUCAUGUGUCUUUUGCUGUGAUGUUGUACCGUGUGUUGAUCUGUUUGAAUGUAACUGGAUUCAGGCAAUGGCUGCCAUCUUCUGUCUUAGAUCUACAGGGUCUUUUAGCCCUGUGAGAAACAAAAUAUUCUCCAAGUGUGUAUGCACCCAAAAUACACACAGCCCACAGUCACAUGUGUCCAUCUAUAAUAUUUUUUUUCUUUUUUCUUAAAUAUAUCCCUACUGAACUUAAGGACAUUUGCUUGGUAAUCAUGUACUUUGGACAUUUAUCUUCUCUUCCUUGCAAGCAAGUUAAUAUUUCCACACAACCUUGAGCGUUCCCUUGUCUGGGAGAACAAGACCAAAAGGCAUUAUUUGCGAUAACGGUUAUGUCCUAUGAUAAAAGUGGGAUUUUUUUUUUUACCCUUUUUUGGUCUGUAAUCAGUUCAGGACAGGAUAAGGUGUUGGGGCCCAGAAAACAAUUUGCUGAUAUAUUUGUGGAGUGGUUCCAGCAGACAGAGAUUUGUUACACCUCUGUUGCCUUUAGUUCAAGCUCUGUCUUUCCAUCUUCUGUGAGAUUGUUU